AUGGCUUCAUCGCGCCGUCGUAGCUUCCUCCCUUUGCUGAGAGCUCUAGAGCAUCAGAGUGGAAGAAACCCUAACAUGAUGACAUCAAAGUCGAUAACUUUGUAUCAGCCCAAGACAUUGCUCCCUCUUCCAGCAAGCAAAACUGGGUGGAUCUCGAGCUUCUACCAGCCCAAAUUCCCUCUUCCAGCGAGCAAAACCGGGUUGAUCUCUAGCUCUGUAUCUUUUUAUCAGCCCAAAUUCCCUGUCAAAGGUUUUUCAUCAAAAAGUGGCAAUGGAUCCAAGGAGGAGGAUGAUGGAUACAAGUUCAAUGAAACCCCUCAAGAGACAUGGUUCAAGUUGGCUAAAAUUUAUGCAAGAAGAAUGGUGUAUGUCUUGGUGAAAAAAGCUUUUGAGAAGAGGAAAACUUCAUUGAUGAAGUUUAUGACCAAGUAUGAAGAGAAGAAGAAUAGGCUUUUAAGAGAAGCUAAGGGAAUUGAGGGCAUAGGAGUAGAGGUGGUGGAAUACAGUUGCUUCACACAGGCCUGUAGAGAUUUUGCUGAUCUCUACACUCCAAUCAUCACUUGGUUGGUUUUGGGCUGUGUAACUGUCACCACCUUUGGUUUGGGAACCUACAGUGACUGGAAAUUGCAGAGAGAGGUAGAUAAACUCUGGAAAUUGCAGGAAGAGGCAAAUAAACUCAUGUCAGAGACAUCAGCCAAUAUUCUUGACUCCAUGUAUGAAAUGGAGAAAGAAUACUUGAAGGAUCUGGGAGAGUUGGAGGAAAAGUUCACAAAGAUGUUGGAGGAGAAGUUCAGAGAGAUUUUGGAGGAGAUAAACAGGGAAGCAUCCAAAAAACCUAAUUAGUGUGAGAGAGGGCCUUAGCUUUUGUCGGUGUAUUUAAGCCCUGAUUUCGUGAAUUAUAAGGGUUUUCUCUUUAUGAAAUAACAUUAAUCUCGUUUCUAUGUCUCUUUUAUCUUCUUCUAAUGACCUCGAAACUGAUAAAAACCAAAUUAAAAAGGCCUCAAUGUGGCUAGUUGUUUUGUUCCUCUUUGUUUGUUCUGUUUUCAACACAGAUAUUGGUAAGAGAAGUGAAUGUAAAGAUCGUGGUGUUUCAUUUUUUCAA